AUGAUGAUGAUGACUCGGAGCUUGAAGAGCCUCGUGGUAAUGCUAAUGGGUCUUAUGUCGGUAUUACCUCAUAUUUUAGCUCAUACGCUCGCCGGAAAUCUAGCUUUGGCCGAAGAGAUAUCACAAGCGCUUCCCCGAGAUUCACUUGCGGCAUACCGUACCGUGGCGUACUAUGUCAAUUGGGCUAUAUACGGUCGAAAAUUUGAUCCCCAAAGCCUUCCCACUGAGAAAUUGACGCACGUUUUAUACGCAUUCGCAAACGUAAGGGCCGAUGGAGAAGUAUUCCUGUCUGACAACUGGGCCGAUACGGACAAACACUUUUCCACGGACUCAUGGGAUGAAAUUGGAAGCAAUGUUUAUGGCUGCAUCAAGCAGCUGUUUCUAUUGAAACAAAACAACCGCAAGCUCAAAGUGCUGCUCUCCAUAGGCGGCUGGGAAUAUUCGGCGAACAUGCCGGGGGCAUUAAGCACGGAGGCAAGCAGGACUAAAUUCGCAUCCUCUGCAGUCGCGUUUGUGCAAAACCUCGGACUUGAUGGGCUUGAUAUUGACUGGGAGUAUCCGGCGGACAGCACGCAAGCAGGCAACCUGGUAGCCACACUAAAGGCAUUGCGCUCAGUACAUACAACUUGCCUCCCUUACCCAAAUUGCUGUGACACUAAAAUUAUACGGAAGGCUUUGGAUGAUUAUAGUGCCGAAAAUGCGAACGGCUAUCAUUUUUUGAUUACUGUCGCAAGCCCUGCCGGCCCAUUGCACUACCGGCAAUUGCAGCUCGCGGAGAUGGUCCCGUAUCUUGACUUCUGGAAUCUCAUGGCAUAUGACUAUUCUGGAAGUUGGGAUAGUAUCGCUGGUCAUGAUGCAAAUGUAUUCCCUUCAAGUGGAAACUCCACUAGCACACCAUUCAACACCGCCCAAGCCAUCGAAUACUACACCAGUAAGGGUGUGAAUCCAGCGAAGAUUGUGCUAGGUAUGCCCCUCUAUGGCCGUUCAUUUAGCGGAACCGAUGGACCUGGCUCGAGCUACGCCGAUGUAGGCAGUGGUAGUUGGGAAAAGGGCGUGUGGGACUACAAGGCCCUGCCGCUUCCAGGAGCGCAAGUCACCUAUAUAGACAGACUAGUUGCAAGUUACAGCUAUGAUACAGCCCAGAAGAUGAUGGUUAGUUUUGAUACGCCGCAGGUAGCGAAGAAGAAAGCAGAGUACAUCAUGUCCAAAGGUCUAGGUGGGGCGAUGUGGUGGGAGAGUAGCGGCGACAAGACAGGAUCCGAAAGCCUAAUCUCGACGGUCGUUUCAACUUUCGGCGGCAUUGAGUCCUUGGACCAAAGUGAGAACGAGCUUGAUUUCAGGGCUUCCAAGUAUGUCAAUUUAAGAAAUGGGUUUGGAGGGUAA